CCUAGACAUCUAGAUUUUGAUAAUGCUAUUUUUGCAGGAAUGCAUUUCAAACAUACAUUGUUUGUGAAAGUGUCUGAUGAAGGAAGUCCUGUACUAUCAACAAUUAUUGCAGUCAUUGUAAGGGUGAGUCACAUAAAUGAACUGAAUCCAAUUGGAACUGCGUCGGCAUUUACCUUCAGUGUAUUUGAAAAUAGUCCAGUUGAUACACUAGUUGGAAAAGUUACAUUUACCGAGGCAGACUGGCCAUUUAAUAAUAUGGAAUAUACCAUUGUUGGAGGCAAUUUGGGAACACCUCCCAAAUUUUACAUUGAACCAGAUACAGGAGUGAUAAAGCUAUUAGAUUCACUAGACAGAGAAAUUGAAUCACAGUACAAGAUAGCUGUAAAAGUAACAGACUUGGACAACGAUGCCAUCCCUGACCCUCUCAGACAGCGAAGUGGUACUGCUCAGGUGACCAUCAGUGUUCUGAUGAAACUGUGAACCCUGGAAAUAACACAGGAAGCAACCUAGGAGGAGCUUUGAAAGAUGGGAAGAAUAUAUUCUUUUUUGGAACCCCAGGAUUUGAGGAACAAUAUAUUGGCAUAGCACCUCACGUCUUCCCACCCAACAGGAGAAG